CUAAGUUCUUUGGAGACAAGAGCUCCACUCUAAAAUCAUUCUCUCUAUCUUCUACACACACUACACUCACAAUAUUCUCUACACCACUUCACUACAAUCACUCACCACACUCAAACCACUGUAUAAUCCCACCAUUUCUAACAGAAUUGAACUCGAGAUGUGUUCGUUUCACUCAUUACUUGGGUGUUCUUUUAGGGAUUAAAAAAAUAAUAGAAAAUUGUUUUGCCAUAUGGGGAGGCUAAGAAAUGAAUUAUUUACAAGUAAAAGGAUAAUAAUGAAUCUGUUAUUUUGUGUCAUCCAUCAUCUGAUCAAUUAUUAAGAUUUAGUAAGUAUUUUGUUUUUUGUAAGAGAUAAAUAUGAGAGUCCCCCACGUAGUGGUAGCAAUGAACUCUGGUUGGCUGAAGCCGACAACAGAAAAUGUUAUAGUUGGAGACAGUGAAAGAGAGAGACAUAUACAGAAUCAAAUGGCAAUGAAAUGAUGGUUCUUGUGCACAUUUCAAUUUGCAAAACAGUAGUAAUUUCUGAUGCAAUGUAAAUACCAUUAAAAUUGUGGGUCAAAUAAAUUUCCAGCUGCAUUAUGGACUAGUUUUUUGUUUUGUAGUAUUUCCAAUUGGUGAGUAGGAAUUAGUGGUGGGUAAUGGAUGGACCCCACCCCUUUCUGGAUAUACCUCCUGCCUCAACAUACAAAAGGGUCGCCACGUGGCACUCAUUCUUUCCCAUGGUUUAACUUUAAUAAUAAAAAUGUAGUAAGAAUUAAGUUGAAAUCUACAUGACUGUCUCAGUCUGUAUAUAUAUACACAAUUAUCACAAGUGAUUUGCAGGUAGCUAGCCAUGGCUGAUUAUCAUCAAUUGAUCUUGAAAGAGUCGUUCGAUCCCGACGUGGAGUUGAUCAACAAUCUCUCAGCCUCAGGGCUAUUCCAAAAUCAUGAAGAUUUCAAUUUCCACAACUCAAUUUUACCAACUCAUCAUGAGUUUGAUGAUCAUAAACAAAGGAAUAAGGGGAAAGCCAGCACCCCUGCAGAGAGCACUUGUUCAUAUCAAUCGCAUCAUACUGCCAAUCAGCAGCAGCGGCGUGGAGGAAGAGCAAAGAAAGAAGAAGAAAAAGGAGGUGAAGUGAUUCAUGUAAGAGCCAAGAGAGGCCAAGCCACCGAUAGUCACAGUUUAGCUGAACGAGUUAGAAGAGGAAAAAUUAAUGAGCGAUUACGGUGUUUGCGAGAUAUUGUUCCUGGAUGCUACAAGACGAUGGGCAUGGCAGUGAUGUUGGACGAGAUCAUCAACUACGUCCAGUCGUUGCAAAAUCAAGUGGAGUUUCUGUCGAUGAAGCUGACAGCAGCUAGUUCCUUUUACGACUUCAACUCAGACACAGAUGCCAUCGAGGCAAUGCAGGGAGCAAAUGCAAUUGAAGCAAUCAAGGCUGGGAAUGUAGCAAACCCUUGUGCUCAUCUACCCCACAAUUUCGGCUACUAUCCAUGAACAUUAAUUAAUUCCCACUCUCCAAUAAUAUUAUUCUAUUUUUGAAUUUGUAUAAGGCAAAGAAAGGCACUAGUCGAUUGUCUAUUUAUACUUAGAGAUUUGUAUCUCCAUAAUUCUCAAAUCUUGAGAAUUAAUUAACCAUUUAAUUAGUUUGAUCGAGUGCAUGUGUCGCAUUUGUAACAAUAAAUUUUGUAAAAAUAUAUAGGGUUUGUGCUGAUGUAUAAUUGGAUUGUGGUUAUCUUAAUUUGAACUCGGAAUUUAUCC